AUUCCCUACGUGCUACCCCACCUGAAACAAAACACCUCCUCUGUCGACUGUGUCUUUCUCUCUCUUAUCCUCCUACCAUUCUCAAUUUCUUUAUCUAAUCCUACCAUUCUCUAAUUCUCACUCUUCCUCUCUCUCCUACCUUCUAACGCACGCUUUGAAAGCUUUCCGUAAAGUUUUCCUCCACACCCCACCUAUCUAUAUAUAUACACGAACAAACGCAGUUUCACGCACUUCACGUUGAGUAAUUUUCUCUUCUACUUUUCUCACCCCUCAAACCAUGUCCACUGACCUGCACCUUCACCACGAGUUGCCCAAGCUCCGAAUCUCCGCCGUCAAAAUGGAAGACAUCCACUCUUCCGACCGUAACAUGUCCAACGUUGUCCCACAAGUCAAGGAUGAAAAUGACGCCGCAGUUUCCGCCGACGACGACGAGAGUUACCGGACCCCGACGUCGAAGGAGAGCAAGAUUCCGGCGAUACUGACCUGCCCGCCGGCGCCGCGGAAGUCGAAGGCCUUCGUGUCGUGCAAGAGGAAGCUUCUGGAUGAAUUUCAGUUCUUCGAGGUCACGAAUAAGGAGGACAUGGAUGCGUUUUUCAGAUCCACUUUUCCUAAGAGGAGCUGCCCUUGUACAUGAAAAUUCAACCUUAGCUUCCUCGAACGCUACCUUCGAACCUGUGAAACUACGUAAAUUACACAAGUUUUGUUCUUUUUUUGAUUUUUUUUUUUUUUUUUUUUUUUAUCAAUUCCUCUCCUUUCCUUUUUAUUUUAUUUUUAUAUGUUAUAUAUAUUUCACUUGUAAAAGAUGUGAAAUAUUGGAUCCCGAAUCGUAUAUGUUCAUUAAUCGAAUCAACAUAACGUUGAAUUCUCUCCAACCCCAUCAUCACUUGAUUCAUUAUUUCCCAUUU